AUGCACCGCAGCAUCCACGCGCCGGACCCCGCGUCCCCACCCCCACAACAACAGCAGCCCACGACGCUGCACCGCCCCAGCUGGUUCAUCUCGCGCGGCAACGGGGUGCUCGUGCCCGUGGUAGCGGUCGACGAGCUCCCGCCCGACGUGCGCCUGCCUUGCGCCCCGCGCAACAUCAGCUCCGACGAUGCGCGCGGCCUGGAGUACCUGGGCGAGCGGCCGCGCACCGGCGAGCUAGCGUUCGAGUUGGUGCGCGGCGAGGCCGCCGCGAAAGAAGAGGCCUGGAAGCAGUAUGUGGCGCCUGAUGCCGCUGUGCGCAAGAAGCUGGGGAUUGCCGGGGCUGGUGAGAAGACGGGCGAGAAGGACAGGAAGGUCAGUUCAUCUCUCCACGCCUCCUCCUCCUCCUCCUCUUCCUCUGCCAAAUACACACUGACGCCCUCCCCGCAGACCACCACCACCACCACGACUACACCCACCAACCCCGAAACCCGCUCCCCAAGCCUGUUGCCCCCCUCGGGCCGCGAGCCUGACCCCGCCCGCAAGCACUACUGCACGUACUGGAUCCGGACGGGCGAGUGCGACUUCGUACAGCAGGGCUGCCGCUACAAGCACGAGAUGCCGGACCGCGACACGCUGCGCAGCAUCGGGAUCCUGCACACGCCGCGCUGGUAUGCCGAGCGCACGGCGAUCCGGCUGGGACGCUCUGAGCCGGCGCAGCCGACGUGGCUGCAGCUGCGGGCGAAGGCGGAGAAGGAGAGGGAGGAGCGCGAGGCUAAGGGGUUGCUGGCGCCGCCGCUGGUGCCGGAGAGGCUUGCUGAUGAUGCGCUGAUUGAUUUGGGGGUGGAGGAGCCUGUUGCUGCUGCUGCUGCUGGUGAUGCUGGUAAUGCUUCCGUCAAGCUUGCCAACGCUGCCGGCUUCUCUACCACCACCAACAACAGCAGCAACAACAACAGCAGCAACCUCCAUCCGCGCCCCAGCUCCUCCCUCCCCCCCUCCCCUCCAUCCGUCCCAUGCAAAAAGCCCCUCUCGGCCCUCACCACCGGCGCCGGCACCAUCGCCCAGCCCCUCAAGUUCAUCAACUACUUCCCGGCCGAGAUGCAGCGGCAGCAGCAGCAACAAUACGAACACCACCACCCCAAGCGCGCAGAGCCCGAGCCACAGAAAGCAGCGAAAAGCACACGCACGGUCAGCACCACAGGCAGCAAAGCCCCCACACCCGCCUCGGCAGCAGGCCUCCGCGCCUCGCGCUGGGCAACAGCGACGACGGGGGCGGCGCCGGCACCGCUGCUGCUCCCGCCACCGCACCCACACCGCGUAACCGCAGUUAGGACCAGGACUAGGACCAGAGCAGCAGCGGAAGCUGAGCCAGAGCCAGAAACAGAAGCAGAAACAAGCGGCUACACCAGCGGCGUGGCGGCUAUUGACAUGGACUCUGAGACCGAAACCGAGACUGAAACCGAGAUCGAGAUCGAGUCCGCCGACGACAACAGCGAAGACGAAGACGACGCAGGCGCAGGCGCAGACGCAGACGCAGACACAGCCAUAGUCAAGACGAGGCGCUCGCCCCCCCUCCCCCGCUCGCCUUCGUUAAUUCCUGUGCCUGUCUCGAUCCCAAUCUCCAGCACCUCCUCCUCCUCCUCCUCCUCCUCCUCCUCCUCUUCCACCACCGUCUCCGCUAACACCAACGUCGCCAGAGCGGCAAAGCGGGCCGGGAGGAGCGUUAGAGGCGCUGUCAGCGGCAAGAGCAACAGCAAGAGCAACCGCAGGACCACUGAGACGCCGGCGCCAACGCAGACGACCAGCACAAGCGCAGCCCUCGCCGCGCGCGCGGUGCGCGUCCGAAGGGUUGGGGACGCGGUGUAUUGCAUUGGUAACGGCAAGGGAAGUGGGAGCGGUGAGGGUAGUGGUAGUGGUGGCGUGGGCGUUACUUGCAGUGGGCAUGGGCAUGGUGCCAGCACAGGCGUUGGUGCUGCAGGUACCAGUGCUAGGACGGCGCGUGCGCGUGCGCGUGACGGCGCUAGCGCUAGGGAAGAGCGCGAGCGCGCGAGGGAGGUGUGGCGGGCGGUUGAGGCGCAGCGGGAGAGGUUGGGGCGGGAGGGACGGGAGGGUAGGGGUGGGGUUGCUGGGGGGGGGAAGGGGGAGAGGGUGGAGAAGAGGGAGAGGAGGGAGAAGGAGAAGCGCACGGGCGUGGGGAGGAGGGGUGUCGUUUGA